AUGAAGUUCACCAGCCUCGCGCCCAUCGCGGCCCGCCUCUUUGGCGCCUGCCUGGCCGCCACCGCCGCCGCAGCAUCAUCCGACCCCACGACCUCUAUAACCAUCUCUAUCCCAUCAUCCCCGCAGCUCCCGAACCCGUACACUCUCCCGCCCUCUACGCGGGCGACGCUGACGUCUUCGGGUCCCGGCAGGCAGCUGCACGCGCCGCUGUCGGCCGCCAACACCUUCGUCUUUUCCAACGUCACGGCGGGCUCGUACCUGCUCGACGUGCACUGCUCGACGCACGCCUUUGCCCCGCUGCGCGUCGAUGCCGCCGCCUCGGACCAGAACAGGAAGCUGGCCGUUGCGGCGUGGGAGACGUUCCGCGGCAACGACUGGGGGAACAAGGGCGAGGCGGCCAGGAGGGUCGAUGUUGGUGCCGGCGUCGCGGGGUUCGAGGUCAGGGUGCUGGGGAGGAAGGAUUACUUUGUCGAGAGGAGUACUUUCUCUGUGUUCAGCAUUCUCAAGAGCCCCAUGAUCCUGCUCGCGCUCGUGAGCAUGGGCAUCUUCCUCGGAAUGCCAUACCUGAUAGAAAACAUGGACCCUGAAGUCCGCGCUGAAUUCGAGGCCAGACAAAAGUCCAGCCCCAUGAACGCCAUGCUCGGCGGCGGAGGCGGCAAGGAUGCCAGCCCCCUCGCCAACUUUGACAUGGCCGCCUUCCUCGCCGGUUCAGGAAGUGGCAAUGCUGGCAGCAGCAGCAAGAGGGAGGAGGCCUCCCCGGCGCCGCCCGGCGGCGGGAAGAAGGGCAAUGGUGGCAGGAGAUGA